CGCUAAACUACUCAGCAACUGAGUCGUACUUUAUGACUCCGAAAAACGUGGGGCGACUACAGUAGAAACGAACUUUUUCUUCAGCGAUUUGGAGAAGUUAUUCUUAUUCGUUUGGUGUAAACAAAAAUCCACGCAAUUGUUUAGAUCACACUGCCAAGUCUUAAAAGAGGAGGGAGGAGAUGGAAGUGGGAAAAUACGUGUUGCUCAUGUUGCAGAAUCGGUUCAACGAUCAUGCGCCUAGGAACAUUGGGCGGCUGGUUACCCUCCGGAUUCCUCUUUCUACACAGCAAAGCGUAAGGUGAGAGAAUUUUAUCCUCGGUCUACAUAAACUGGCUUACAAAGGAAGAACGGGAGCAGAAGGGAGCAUGUAGUGGGUUCUGAUUGAUUGGGGAAGACGGUGUGAUUUGUGCUUAUUGCUUCGUUUUGCUUGUCGAUGCGUUUCUAAAAACGAAAUUAGUUUCACAACUCCUUCGGAUUUCUCAGCUAGCGGCUGUUCCACAGGAUAAAUAUGGAGAUCUUGGCUCUGCAUUUUUUGGAAUUGGAGAGCAAUACGCAAACAACUACAGCGGCCACGAAGGGUUUCAUAUCCCGAAAGGUACAUAUUGAAACUUCGGAUUCAAACAGUCCAGUGCCUGGCGUAGAUAGUGACGCCGCCGAUGCUUUUGCAUUCAUUUACGGUGUUGUCGGCCCUACGAUUGUAACCUUCGGUUUGAUUGGCAACAUUUUGAUUCUUUUCGUGGUAGGCCGAUCGCGGAUGGAAGGUGCAAUUCCGGUCUAUUUGUCGGCGCUCGCCCUGUCGGAUAUGGGAGCUCUGCUCUCUUCCAUUCCCUUAUGGAUCCGUUUGGCUCAAAAGGUCGUCUGUAGCCAUUGGAGCGCAUUUUACUAUGGCCAUCUGGAAUUAUUCAUUCUCAAUACCUUUAUGGCGGCAUCCAUUUUCAACGUUGUUGCCCUGACCGUUGAAAGGUAUACGUCCGUAUGUUUGGCAGGUCAAUUCCCGAAAAUUCACACUCCAUUGAGGGCCAAAAUGGCAGUUGCUAUCUCCUUUCUUCUAGCCCUUAUCGUCAGCUUACCACUUUGUGUCCUCAAGUACGUGGUGGUGCAUAACGAAGAAGAAACGUCUGCAGCAGAUUCUAUUAAGUGUCGCUAUGAGUACUUGGAGAACAAAAUUGUGACAGCUCAUCCCCUAUGGACGGCAUAUGUGUGGUUGGGAGAGAGUCUAGUCCGCUUUCUCCCCGGUCUAAUUUUGGCUACACUCAAUAUGUUAAUUUUGAUCAAAUACCAUGGGGUGGUCAAAACGCGUAGGCAAAUGCGGCAAGGGCAACCAAAUGCAGACUUGCACGGCAGUGGACGUUCGGAUCGCAACCUUGAACAGGAACGAAAAUUGUUAACUCUUUUGUUAUCGAUAAUAGUUUUGUUUUUUAUCACCAAUAUUCCAUCAGCAGUUUUGUCAAUCAUUUACGAUCAAGAACUGGAAUCAUUUCAUAGCUUUCAAGUAUUUCGUGCUGUUGCAAACUUGUUGGAAAUGAGCAACUUUGCACUUAAUUUCUGCAUGUACUUCUUGUGCAGCAAGGAGUUCCGUAAAAUGCUGUAUAAAGCCAUGCCGCAAUGCGGGUUAUCGAAAUUUUUCAUCUUGUCCUCCACUUCUAAUAGCCAAUCUUCCAAUCCCCAGACAUGUCCAGUAGCACUAUCAGGGUCACUUAACAAUCACCAUCCUUCUUGAUAAGUCAAACGUCUCACGAAUAUGACAGUAACUACAAAAAUGACACUAUUACCCGGAGAAUGCGUUGGAAUCACCUGCUGUGGCAUUGUUGAAAAGUACCGUUAUAAUAUGUAAGUCCUAAUAUAUUACAUACAUAAAACUAGAAUUGUCUUCACCACUACUGGCUAUCGUUCGAAACGAUUUCAGUUCAGUUUGGGAUUCAUAGGCACGCUUCCUGUUAAUAAUCUUCUGGCUAUGUAAUAGAAAUUAAAUAAAUAUACCAAUAUGGUUAAAAUAUUACUUACAAAUAAUGAAACAAAAAGAUUAGUAAAGCAGUGAUAGAUGUGGGCAAUGUAUACAGUGUUUUUCUUCUUCCUUUAUUCAGCAUUACAUUAGAACUGUUCCAGAAAGUUAAUAUAA